AUGGUGAAAGUAUAUUGUGUAUCGGAUAUCCACACUGAUUAUCCAUCGAAUUUGGAACAUAUUAAACAACUACCUGCAAAAGAAGAUAGUGUACUUAUUGUAUGUGGUGAUAUCUCUGAUAAUAUUAAAAUCAUAGAAACAACACUCACCUCGUUAAAGUCGAAAUAUCCUGCCGGUGUAUUCUUCAUACCUGGUAAUCAUGAACUAUGGUGUGGAAGAUCAGAUAAUUGUUCAAACUCAAUGCAAAAACUUAAUCUAAUCACUGAACUAUGUAAGAGAAUCGGUGUUAUAAUGUCACCUACCAGUGUACAUGAAGAUUUGGCUAUUGUACCAAUGUUUGGUUGGUAUCAUCCAUCGUUCGAUGAAGAUUGGAGUAAGCUCUCGGACAAAGAGAAGAAAGAGACAUUCACAGAGUUAUAUACGGUUUGGAAUGAUUUCAGACAUUGCAAAUGGGAUAUAGCGCAUCUCGAUAUCUCGAAACGCUUCUUGGACAUGAACGAUAGGAUUAUCGAUGAUUUCAUGGAGAAACAUCAGUACUCCUAUCCGAAUAACAUCAUUACAUUCAGUCAUUUCCUGCCUCGAAGAGAUUUGCUACCACCGAAAGAACUACUACUCUACAAGUCGUUACCGAUGGUCGUCGGUGACACCCAACUCGAUGGUCAACUCCGAAAGCUUGGUUCAAACAUUCAUGUAUAUGGUCAUACUCAUAUCGAUAAGGAUAUAACAAUUGACAAAGUUAAAUAUGUACAAAAUGCAUUUGGAUCACCACAUGAAAGAACUGGAUGGAAGAAAGCACAAAUAACCGGUCCAUACGAACCAAAGUUGAUCUACCAAGAUGAUGUUAAAGCAAAUAUUAAUUAA